AUGCCGCAUGCUAGAGCCUUCGCCCCCCUCAAAGGAAAUCAGGUGUCGGAUCCUUACAGGCGCUGCCUUGACCGCACGACCGCUGAGGAUGUCCGAUGUGACUGCUAUGAUGAUCUCCGUGAGACGGUUCCGUGGGAUGACAUCGCCCUAUAUUAUAGAUGGUUGACUGUCAGUUCGACAAUUAUUGUCUAUUAUCUUCCAGAGCACGUCAUGCUUCAGUUUGGCUACCAGCAGACGAUACCUCGCCGCCCUUCUGACUCCGCUUCUAUCGCCAUGACCUGUCGGAAACUAGAUGAGGUCUUUGCAAACUGGGAGCAUCACAUGGUUCCUGACGAGGCUCGGGCGACCAAAGUAGUGGUAGAUUGGAGCUGCGUCGACGGGUACAUCACUUGGUAA